AUGAAACGCGAACAAAGGCAUCACAAGGCGAACAGUUGGAUGCCUAGAAGACAAUGGCCCCACAGUCGCCUGAAUCGUAUAUGCACCGCCACCCCUGCCAAGCUGGUAGAAGAUGUUGCAGAAGACGGCGAGGAAUCUUUCCAGAAGAAGAAGUGUGAUGUUGGGUUGCGCUUUGGAGACGAACGUAGAUCGUCGGCCCUGGAAUGGCUUAGCGCGGAACAGGUCCUAGCCACCUCCAGCGCGACCUGGGCAGUGACGGAAGUUCUUGCCUUUCAGCUGGCCACGCCACGUAGCUUCCAUCAUCGUCUGACGGUGUCCAGAAUCACGCUCCACGCGCUCGACUCCGGUAGCUUCCUGCGCGCUUUGAAGUCACGACCAGGCUUUCUUCUAGAUGAAUCCAUCUUCACUAAUGCUCUCAGUCCUAGAGAUGAUACAGUCUUUAAGCGCCUUCAACAACUUUAUGCUACUAGAUCCGUUUAUCUACAUAGAUACUCUUUUCGGUAUAAUGGUCAUCAAAAAUCAUCUCGACGCGCCAGGAAUGCUACUCGUCGUUUCUUGGUUUUUUAUUAUUCGCCGCAUCGCUUGCCAAGCAUCGCAGAGCUACUGUGCCACCUUCAGAUUGAAAGUUAGGAUGGAUACGCGGCUUCCCAUGAUAGAUCAAUAUGUUUUUAAAGGAUAGCAACGUCUCGCUAUAUAUUUUGUUGAAGGUACGCCGAC